CCGCGUCAACCCGAAACAAUCAAGAAAAGUGUCUACACACAUGGGAAGCUAUAAGAAAAGCAGUACGGUCUAGCAGAUACCAAUGGAAACUUUCGAUCGUCGUGUUUUCCCGGGAUUUCAGGACUACAAGAGGUCCGCUAUGUCAUGGAGAGUUCGAAUGGCAAAACCCUAAAUCACCUGAUGAAGUAGUAAACAUUGUUAUGAUAGACUCCAAAGGAGAAAGGAAAGAAAUUCCUGGCAAAAUUGGGGAUAAUCUUUUGUAUCUUGCACAUCGCUAUAACAUUAGCAUGGAAGGUGCAUGUGAAGCAUCACUUGCCUGCUCUACUUGUCAUGUCUAUGUACAUGAGGACUUUGGCCACUUACUACCAGAGCCAGAUGAAAGAGAAGAUGACUUACUGGACAUGGCUCCAUUUUUACAGGAGAACUCAAGAUUAGGAUGUCAAAUUAUUCUCACAAAAGAGAUGGAGGGUCUAGAGAUCCAGCUGCCCCCAGCGACAAGGAACUUUUAUGUAGACGGUCAUGUUCCCCAACCUCACUGAGAGCACAGUUGGACAAAAAGCCCAGUUAUUAACUCAGAUCAACUCAGUCUACAUACAUCUAACACGUCUAGGAGCAGAGCUGUCAACUGCAAUAGUUACACAUGUGGUGUGCCAGAUACCAACAAACAUUUAUGAUAAAGCCAGGACGUGUUCAGGAGUUAUUGAAGCAGGCAACAAUGUGUAACAUAUGGCAGGAUUUGAGCUCCUAUUUCUUCUAAAAUUUCAGUACAAGGUUGGAAUGGUAUGCUGUGUUAAUUUAUUUUCCUCGUCCCACCAAGCCUGCGCAGACCACCUAGUUAUUCUACCGCUUUUCUGUAGUUUUUCUAGUUAUACUUACUUCUAAGGGGAAUCAUUUUCCGCUACUGAAAGCUGCAUUCAGGAUUUUAAAAAAGCCAAACAAAUGUAUCAAAAUUGUUUUAUUAUUUAUUCAAGUAUCGUUGUGAAAAGCAAUAUUUGGGGGACUCUGUACUGGCCUUAAUACCAAUGAAUAAUAAACGCAAAUUAAAUCUGA